AUGGUGUGUGGAAGCGACGUGGAAGGUGGAGGAGGGGAGGCUGGGGAGGAGGGAGUGGAAAAUGGACCUUGUGAGAAGGGCGUGGGGGUUAGAGGAGGAGGAGGAGGAGAGAGAGAGGAGGGGGUGGUGAUGGAAGUGGAGGUGAGAGGGGUGGUGGUGGGAGAGGGGUGGGGGAUGGAUGAUGUAGCAGCAACGGUGGAAGCAGCUUCUGGCGUGCUGGGGAGGGCCAAGACUGUGCAGGGCUUCAUGCGGUUGUAUCAGGAGGCCGAGGGGGCGCGCUUGCUGGGGGCUAUGAGGGCCGCAUGGGAGGGGCAGACGGAGGAAGGAGAGGAGGGAGGGGAGGGGAAGGAGGCAGGAGGAGAAGGCACUGCAGGGAUGGGCGGGGUUGUGCCUGAGGGUGGUUGUCAGAAGGGAGGAAUGAGUGAUUGUGAUGGUGGGCAGCAGAAGGCAGGAGGGAAGAAGAGGAAGCGAGGGAAGUCUGGAAAAGGGGUGGCAGUAGAAGCAGCAGUAGCAGCCGGGGACACACCGGCACUAGCAGGAAGGGAGAGUACGAUUGGUUCGGCUGCUUCAGGCGCCCUGGCUGGGCCCCGUGGCUGCGAGCCAGGUCCGGCGGCUAUAUCUGCCCUGAAUCACACGUGCAUGGCGCGGCGAUGGACGGCAGUGUACAGUGAGAGAAUCAUAUCUUGUACUUCCAACGCCGAGCCUGUGCCGGGUAGUAAUGGUUCGGCACAAUGUGGGGCCACUGCUGGGAGCGCCUCUGCUGCUGCUGCUGUUGCUGGGGACGUGUCAUUGGAUGGUGGAUCCACGAAUGGUGGUGUGAUCAACGGUGGUGAUUCGAUCAGAGGGGGUUCUGCCACUGGUGCAAGUGGUGGUGGGGAUGCAGCAAGUGGUGCCAGCUGUCAACCUGGUGGUGGGAACACAGGAGCUCCCAGCUUUUGCAUGGAUUGUGUGGUUAAAGCGAGUGACGGCUCAACAGUGGUUCAUGUCGAAGGUGAUCUCCGGGCGCUCACACGCGCAACAGGUGUGGUGCUGCUAUUGGUGGGAGUGCGGUCGGCAGCGACGUACUGGCAGGACGCGUGGCUGUGGGAGGCAGCGAGCGGCGUCACUCUCUCCGUGCGCUCCCAGGCAUGGCACCACCUGCUGGGGGCUGAUCUGGGGUUCUUUGAAGGGCGAGGGGGAGGAGGUGGAGGGCGGGGUGGAGGAGAACGGAGAAAAGGGCGGGGAGGAGAGGAGGCAGGAGGAGGAGCAGGUGGGAAGGAAAGAGGUAGAGUGGAAAGAGAAGGGGUCGAAGGGGCAGAAAUAGGAGCAAUGGGAGAGGCAGCAGCUGUAGCAGGGAAUUCUCUAGCAACAGCACCAUCCGCUGUAGCAGCAGGGUCGGCGGCUGUAGCAACGGGGGACCUGGUGUAUCGGUUGACAGCGGAGGCAAGGGAGGUGGGCGAGGUGGGAGGGGGAGGGGAAGACAUUGUACUAGGGGAUGCAGCAGACGGGGCAGCUGUAGCAGCAGUACCUGCAGCUGUAGCAACGGGGGACCUGGUGUAUCGGUUGACAGCGGAGGCAAGGGAGGUGGGCGAGGUGGGAGGGGGAGGGGAAGACAUUGUACUAGGGGAUGCAGCAGACGGGGCAGCUGUAGCAGCAGUACCUGCAGCUGUAGCAAUGGGGGACCUGGUGUAUCGGUUGACAGCGGAGGCAAGGGAGGUGGGCGAGGUGGUGUUUGCUGUGCUCAAGGCCGCGGUGCCAGCUGUCUGCCAGGUGGCAGUCAUGCUGACGCGGAUGGUCCAGCUCAGCCCGGUGAUGACGCUGGCGACUCUCUGCUGGCCAUACUCUUCCUUCUUCCUCCCUCUCUUCCCUCCCACCAACCUCACCCCAGGUGGUACCCCUCACCCCAGGUGGUACCCUCACCCCAGGUGGUACCCCUCACCCCAGGUGGUACCCCUCACCCCAGGUGGUACCCCUCACCCCAGGUGGUACCCCUCACCCCAGGUGGUACCCCUCACCCCAGGUGGUACCCCUCACCCCAGGUGGUACCCCUCACCCCAGGUGGUACCCCUCACCCCAGGUGGUACCCCUCACCCCAGGUGGUACCCCUCACCCCAGGUGGUACCCCUCACCCCAGGUGGUACCCCUCACCCCAGGUGGUACCCCUCACCCCAGGUGGUACCCCUCACCCCAGGUGGUACCCCUCACCCCAGGUGGUACCCCUCACCCCAGGUGGUACCCCUCACCCCAGGUGGUACCCCUCACCCCAGGUGGUACCCCUCACCCCAGGUGGUACCCCUCACCCCAGGUGGUACCCCUCACCCCAGGUGGUACCCCUCACCCCAGGUGGUACCCCUCACCCCAGGUGGUACCCCUCACCCCAGGUGGUACCCCUCACCCCAGGUGGUACCCCUCACCCCAGGUGGUACCCCUCACCCCAGGUGGUACCCCUCACCCCAGGUGGUACCCCUCACCCCAGGUGGUACCCCUCACCCCAGGUGGUACCCCUCACCCCAGGUGGUACCCCUCACCCCAGGUGGUACCCCUCACCCCAGGUGGUACCCCUCACCCCAGGUGGUACCCCUCACCCCAGGUGGUACCCCUCACCCCAGGUGGUACCCCUCACCCCAGGUGGUACCCCUCACCCCAGGUGGUACCCCUCACCCCAGGUGGUACCCCUCACCCCAGGUGGUACCCCUCACCCCAGGUGGUACCCCUCACCCCAGGUGGUACCCCUCACCCCAGGUGGUACCCCUCACCCCAGGUGGUACCCCUCACCCCAGGUGGUACCCCUCACCCCAGGUGGUACCCCUCACCCCAGGUGGUACCCCUCACCCCAGGUGGUACCCCUCACCCCAGGUGGUACCCCUCACCCCAGGUGGUACCCCUCACCCCAGGUGGUACCCCUCACCCCAGGUGGUACCCCUCACCCCAGGUGGUACCCCUCACCCCAGGUGGUACCCCUCACCCCAGGUGGUACCCCUCACCCCAGGUGGUACCCCUCACCCCAGGUGGUACCCCUCACCCCAGGUGGUACCCCUCACCCCAGGUGGUACCCUCACCCCAGGUGGUACCCCUCACCCCAGGUGGUACCCCUCACCCCAGGUGGUACCCCUCACCCCAGGUGGUACCCCUCACCCCAGGUGGUACCCCUCACCCCAGGUGGUACCCCUCACCCCAGGUGGUACCCCUCACCCCAGGUGGUACCCCUCACCCCAGGUGGUACCCCUCACCCCAGGUGGUACCCCUCACCCCAGGUGGUACCCCUCACCCCAGGUGGUACCCCUCACCCCAGGUGGUACCCCUCACCCCAGGUGGUACCCCUCACCCCAGGUGGUACCCCUCACCCCAGGUGGUACCCCUCACCCCAGGUGGUACCCCUCACCCCAGGUGGUACCCCUCACCCCAGGUGGUACCCCUCACCCCAGGUGGUACCCCUCACCCCAGGUGGUACCCCUCACCCCAGGUGGUACCCCUCACCCCAGGUGGUACCCCUCACCCCAGGUGGUACCCCUCACCCCAGGUGGUACCCCUCACCCCAGGUGGUACCCCUCACCCCAGGUGGUACCCCUCACCCCAGGUGGUACCCCUCACCCCAGGUGGUACCCCUCACCCCAGGUGGUACCCCUCACCCCAGGUGGUACCCCUCACCCCAGGUGGUACCCCUCACCCCAGGUGGUACCCCUCACCCCAGGUGGUACCCCUCACCCCAGGUGGUACCCCUCACCCCAGGUGGUACCCCUCACCCCAGGUGGUACCCCUCACCCCAGGUGGUACCCCUCACCCCAGGUGGUACCCCUCACCCCAGGUGGUACCCCUCACCCCAGGUGGUACCCCUCACCCCAGGUGGUACCCCUCACCCCAGGUGGUACCCCUCACCCCAGGUGGUACCCCUCACCCCAGGUGGUACCCCUCACCCCAGGUGGUACCCCUCACCCCAGGUGGUACCCCUCACCCCAGGUGGUACCCCUCACCCCAGGUGGUACCCCUCACCCCAGGUGGUACCCCUCACCCCAGGUGGUACCCCUCACCCCAGGUGGUACCCCUCACCCCAGGUGGUACCCCUCACCCCAGGUGGUACCCCUCACCCCAGGUGGUACCCCUCACCCCAGGUGGUACCCCUCACCCCAGGUGGUACCCCUCACCCCAGGUGGUACCCCUCACCCCAGGUGGUACCCCUCACCCUCAUGUCAGUCAUCAUCGCAUGUCCCCCCACUCUUCCACUCCACCCCAGGUGGUACGCCUCAUGUCAGUCAUCAUGGCUACGCUCGGGGAGAGGGUUCAUCGCGUCUCUUCAAAAGCCCAGGCGUCCAUCGCAGCCCUCUCAGCGCGGAUCACCGAGGUCCUCCCUUCUUGUGUGACCCUCCCACUCCACCCCAGGUGGUACCACUCAUGUCAGUCAUCAGUGCUACGCUCGGAGAGAGGGUUCGCCGCGUCUCCUCAGAAGCGCCGGACUCUGUGGCAGCCCUCUCAGUGCGAGUCACCGAGGUCCUCCCAGCCAUGCUGCUCGUCCCUGUGACCUUAGCUGACCCCCCUGCCCCCCCCCUCUUCCCCCUGUCGCCUCUCUCCCCCAUCUCCACUCCUCUCUCCCCCAUCUCCACUCCUCUCUCCCCCAUCUCCACUCCUCUACCAGCCCUCUCAGCGCGGAUCACCGAGGUGCUCCCAGCCAUGCUGCUCGUCAAGGCACACGCAGCCGAGCCCUACGAGGCGCUCCUGUUCCGCCACCUGGCGGAAGCUGAUAGGUCCGCACGGCUGCGCAAGAAGCGGCUCAAGGCGCUGUUUCCAGAGGCGAUCACGGCGGCGUAUGCGGCGGCGGUGGUGGUGCUGUUCGGAGUGGCCACGGCCGUGGGGCAGGGCGGGUUAACAGGUGCCGGGAUCGUGUCGUUCUUCACCUCGCUUGUGCUCCUCAUCGAGCCCAUUCAGGCAGCAGGCACAGCGUUUAACGAGCUGAAGCAGGGCCAGCCAGCCAUUGAACGAGUUCUUUUUUCGGGCACGGUGGCGCAAAACAUCGCAUACGGGCAUCUGGAAUAUCUCUCCUUGGAAUCUUUCAACCUGCCCAGAAAGCCAACAAAUUUGGCCAUGGUGGAGCGAGCUGCCCGCCUCGCCAACGCACACGAUUUUAUUUCUGCCCUGCCCGAAGGCUACUUCACCCAGCUGGGGCCUAGAGGGGCGUCUCUCAGUGGCGGGCAGAGGCAGAGGCUGGCCAUCGCCCGAGCCAUCUUCAACAACCCUGCCAUCCUGGUGCUGGAUGAAGCCACGUCAGCACUGGACAGCCAAUCAGAGGCUCUCGUUCGCGACGCGCUGAGCCGCCUCAUGGUUGGCCGAACGGUGAUUCUGGUGGCGCACAGGCCUGCAGCCAUUGCCGAUGCUGACCGGGUUCUGCUGGUGGAGAAUGGACGAGUGAGGGAAAUCACAAAAAGUACCCGCAUGGGUUUCCCUGAAGAAUUGUACCCACAAGGAGGAUUGGUUGCACUAGGCGGUACACUCUCUGAUGGAGUAGGUUUAGCCGUAGUGGGUCAAUCGGAUGAAUUUUGUGGUUCGCUGAAUGAUUCUUGUGGUGAGCAUGGGGCAUUAGCACUGGCGAUGCUUGGAGAUGAAGAAGCCUCACUUGAGCCCCUGCUGGGCAACCUUUAG